CCUUCAUCUCUUUUUUCCUUCGCUCUCUCCUCUCCUCUCCUGGUCCCACCCCCCUUCGCCCGCUCUGCCUCUCCCUCAGGAGCCACCCCCAGCUUUACGACUCUCCUUUGCUGCGACAAGUCUCCUUUGCCCGAUUCUCUUUCUCUCCAACCCUCUCCGCUUCGCUUCUUCCCUGUCAUACCUUUCUUUUCCCUUCUUUUUUAUAACCUUGUCUUUAUUUUUUCUUUCAUUUACACAUCUGCUGAUUCUAGCUGCGUACUAGCCAGAGUCGCCUGUGUCCAAUCCGACGUCUCGCUCACGCCGCCUAAUUUCUGGCACGUCUCCAACCCCUGGACUCCUCACGGCACGCAUUUCUUCCACGCAAGACCCGAUAUAGAUUUGCUGUGCGGCGACGAUCCUUGCUUCUCGCUUCUCUUCCUUCGUUUCAUUCAACUACUUUCUAUUCCUCCUUUCUCCUUCGAUCGACCACACCGACGACCGGCUGACAUCUUCGACUAUUCGGCUACCCCCUAGCGCCGCUAUCAAAUCGAAUUUGUCAUUUUCGUUGGCUCCAGUCCAUCGCUCUGAUUCUCAGUCCUUCGUUUAUUUCAAUACUGCAAACUUUGCCUAGCGCCAAUUGCACGCUCUAGACGCGUCAUUGCAUCUCGCACGCGGCCGAUUAUAUACCCCCCAUUCUUUACACAAGACUAUACUGUGGUGGUCUCAUCAGCUCCUCCAAAGCGCAACUGACCAACUGCCCACGAGCGCUUUUCUGUUGAUCGAUCUCGUGCCUCUAUUCAGGCACGUUUAAACUUCUCAAAACGGCUACUCUCUCGCACUCCGGGCGGGACUCGUUCGUCCCCCCUCAUCUUCUCAGCAUGCAGGACCUCAACGGUGCGAGCCAGGCUGGCCCCAACAGCAACAACCAAGGCUCUCGCUUCGGCCACGCUUCCAAGCCUUCCAACAGCGAUACUGGCUUCUCCCAUGGCGCAUUCACCUCCAACAUCUCUGGAUUUGCUGAGAGACACCCUCGCCGUGGCAAUAUUCCUUCUCUCAACACACAGCAGGUGAACCACGCACAGGGGAUGAACGACAUGGCCAGCCCCGGCUCUGGCUUUGAUAUGCAGUUCACUCCUCUUCUGCCACAAGGUCUGCUUCUUGGUAGCCCUUUCCAACCUGGAAGCCCUGCCGCCUUUGGCAGCCCUCAGUUCCAGUCACUCUCAGCCUUCCAGUCGCAGCAGCACCAGGGCCAGCAGCACAACGGCAACAAUGCUUCUCAGGGCAUGUCCCCUCAGCAGUAUCAUGCUAUGGUGUCCCCUUCUCAAUACGGUGCCCCUCAAUUCUUCCCCCCUCAAUCGCCUACCAACGGCAGCUUUAAUAUGCAGUCCUCGAUGCAGCCUAGCUCGCCUGUCCUCAACGCUGCCGCCGUUAGUGGCACCAGCCGAACAGUCUACCUUGGCAACAUCCCGCCUGACACCUCUGCGGAAGAAAUUCUUGGACACGUUCGAAGUGGACAAAUCGAGUCGGUUCGUUUGCUAGCCGACAAGAACUGCGCCUUCAUCUCGUUUCUCGACGCCAGCUCCGCGACCCAUUUCCACUCCGACGCUAUUCUGAAGAAGCUGUGCAUCAAGGGCCAAGAUAUCAAGGUUGGGUGGGGUAAGCCUUCGCAGGUUCCUACCUCUGUAGCGCUGGCUGUUCAGCAAUCUGGUGCAUCUCGCAAUGUCUAUCUCGGUAACCUCCCUGAAGAAAUUACAGACGAGGAACUGAGGGAAGACCUUGCCAAGUUUGGUGCUAUUGAUACCAUCAAGCUUGUUCGUGAGAAGAACAUUGCUUUUGUUCAUUAUCUUUCUAUUGCAAAUGCUAUCAAGGCCGUGUCUCAACUACCUCAAGAGGCCAAGUGGCAAGCUCCUCGUCGUGUCUACUACGGCAAGGAUCGUUGCGCGUACGUCUCCAAGACGCAGCAGCAGAAUGCAGCUCAGUACCUGGGCAUUGCUCCUGGCUAUGCACACAUGCUUACUGGUGCUGAUCGCGACGUCAUCUCUAACGCUCUGGCUCAGCAGUCCGUGGCUGCAGCAGCUGUUGCUACCUCUGCUGGUGGCAUGAACAACCUCGGCAACCGCACAAUUUACCUAGGCAACAUUCACCCCGAGACGACAAUUGAGGAGAUUUGCAAUGUCGUUAGAGGCGGCUUGUUGCAUCACAUUCGCUACAUCCCUGACAAGCACAUUUGCUUCGUGACGUUCAUCGACCCUACCGCCGCUGCCUCGUUCUACGCCCUCAGCAACAUUCAGGGCCUUAUGAUCCACAACCGCCGACUAAAGAUUGGAUGGGGCAAGCACUCUGGUGCUCUCCCCCCUGCUAUUGCCCUCGCCGUCAGUGGCGGUGCCUCCAGAAACGUCUACGUUGGCAACUUGGAUGAGACUUGGACCGAGGAGCGCUUGCGACAAGACUUUACGGAAUUUGGCGAAAUUGAGCUGAUCAACACCCUUCGCGAGAAGAGUUGCGCCUUUGUCAACUUCACCAACAUUGCCAACGCCAUCAAGGCCAUUGAGGCCAUUCGCGGCAGAGAUGAAUACAAGAAGUUCAAGGUCAAUUUUGGAAAGGAUCGUUGCGGAAACCCUCCUCGACAGACCCAGCAGCAGAGCAACUCUCCUCGUGGCGAUGGCGUGUCUUCGCCUCCUCCCAACGGCUCUCAGAACAGCGGUUCCCCUAGCGGCGAGUCUGCGGCCAUGUUCAAUGCAGGCAGCAACCCCCUCACCAUGUACUUGAACCAGAUGUCUCAGCAAGUUCACCAGCAGCAACUUUCUCAGCCUGGUGCCAUGUAUGCUGGCCAGCCUGGCAACGAGCUUGGUCUCGAAGUGCCUCACCAAGCUCAGCUAUCGUCCCACGGUCAAUCUGCAAGCAUUUCCAAUGGAUAUCCCAUGAACGGCAACACCUCUGGCGCCACCACCAUUGGCGGUCUUCUCGCUCCAAGCAACGCCCGAGGCUCACACAGCCGUGCUGUCAGCCUGCCUGCGUUCGGACCUGGCUUUGAAAACGGCGGUAACAGCCCCAACAGCCUCCAUGGUAGCAACAACAGCGAAAACGAGCCUCAGCAACACCAACCGCGCCGUGGCCACCACUACCAAGCUAGCUUUGGUGGUAUGGCCGGUUCUGGCUUCGGCCUUGCUAUCCAAGGCGGCCUCAACGGCUGGGCUGAGGAAGAAGUGGCCAACUAAGCUUCCGACUCCUGUGUGCUUGUAUCAGCGCACAAUUCCUCUUCGAGGCGUGUGUUCACGACUCUGCUAAUCAUUUCUUGUUUAUAUCUGUUUGCAAUGUCUCAUUUUCAUCUUCAUUUACCAGCAGCCCGCUUAAUUCCUUCCUUUUUAUUCUAUUUUUCCCCGGGCUGCUACCUUCAUUUUCACGUAUUUUCUUUUAGUACUUGUUUUAUCACCUUCCUUUCUUGUAUGCCUAAUAUCCUACUUUUCUUCUUUUUUGUCAGGCUUAAAAUCGACUUGAUACGGAUUGUUGGAAUGGGAGGUGAGGCGGACAGAGGGCAAGUUGGAUAGGUUAGUGGAUGGGUGUAUAUGCUCAUUUUUUUGGAUACCAAAUGUGCAGGCUCAGAAGAGCGCACUGGGAAAAGAGCAAAGAUAUACAACGGGACAGGGGCAGCAAUAUCACAUAGCAUGGAUAGUUGAAUGCAUAUGCUGGCGGCGACGCCAGCUCGAAUACUCAUACUGAUUUUCC